GUCCGGUACUGUGCGAGGAAACGGAUAUGGCCGGGACUGCAGCGACUUUUAGGCUGUCCCAUCAUCUCCGCCAUCUUGCAACAAGAGCGACCAUGCCCCCCCCAUUCACCCCUCGUCUCAUCGGAGCUCCCAACACACUCGAUCACAGAGUGUACAUCGAACAGAACGGUUCUGUCGUCUCAUCGUUCCAUGACGUUCCGCUUUUUGCCGACCAGAGCAAUGGCAUCCUCAACAUGAUCGUGGAGAUCCCCCGCUGGACGAACGCAAAGAUGGAGAUCUCCAAGGAAGAGCCCUUCAAUCCCAUCAAGCAAGACACCAAGAAGGGCCGUUUGCGUUAUGUCCGCAACUGCUUCCCUCACCAUGGUUACAUUUGGAACUAUGGCGCAUUCCCUCAGACCUGGGAGGACCCCAAUGUAACCCACGCCGAGACCAAGGCCAAGGGUGACAACGACCCACUUGACGUCUGCGAGAUUGGUGAGCAGGUCGGGUACACUGGCCAGAUCAAACAAGUCAAAGUUCUCGGUAUCAUGGCCUUACUUGACGAAGGAGAGACCGACUGGAAGGUCAUCGUUGUCGACGUUCACGAUCCCUUAGCCCCUAAGCUCAAUGAUAUCGAGGACGUCGAACGUCACCUUCCUGGUCUCAUCAGGGCUACGAAUGAGUGGUUCAGGAUUUAUAAAAUCCCAGAUGGGAAGGGCGAGAACACUUUCGCCUUCUCUGGAGAGGCGAAGAACAAGAAGUAUGCGACAGAGAUCAUUCACGAGUGUCACGAAGCUUGGCGCCGUCUGGUGAGCGGAGAGACAGAUGCUAAGACUCCCGCGUACGAUCUCUCCAUUCGCAACCUUACCGUUGGUGGACCUGGCAUGGUCACCCCGAACGAUCCUACGUACGCGAACAUUCCCCCGGACUCCAGGCAUCCCCCAGCCCCCAUCGAUCCUUCCAUCAACAAGUGGUUCUACAUCUCAUCCGUAACGGUGUAA